AUGGAGGAAGGCCACGCGCAUGAGAUUACCACGGACUUCAUUGUGCCACUGAGGCGAUCGAGCAAGCUGUGGCGGUUCCGGGUCCUGCGUUCUGACGAUAAGCUGUCUGCCCGUUUGGUCACAGAUGCAGGCGACUUCCUGAUGUAUGCCUCCGUUUUCUUGGAGGCGCACAGGGUAGAUUUCCACCUAUACGACCCGUGUCAAAGAGAGCUCUUCGAUCGGGAGCGGCCCGCCUUUACCAUGGGUUACAAUAGCACCCGGGACCAGUGGAGGCUUGUGCAGGAGCAGUGUGCAGCUUGCCAGUACGCCUCGCCGCACCGGUCUUGCGCCUCGCAUGGCAAGCAGCAGGUUGCCAUCAUCAACCACAAGCAGCACUCGGUGGGGGAAGGGCUGUCCAACGUCAUGGAGGUCAUUAUUCCUGGGCUGUAUCAGAACGACACAUGCGUUGUGUGGUGUGCCAUGCAGGGGAAGGGGGACUUGGCAGAUGCUGGCUUCAACACUGGCGAAACCCAGACUCUGGUCACCCGCAAGCCUGUUUGGAAUGAGCAGGUGCAAAGCCUGGUGCUAGAUUUCAAGGGACGCAAUAUCGUGUCCUCGGCCAAGAAUUUCCAGCUGGCCCUGCGGCAAAAGCCGCAGCAUGUCAUUUGCCAGUACGGAAAGCUUAGCUCGACAAACUUCGGGCUUGAUUUCAGAUAUCCAUUGAGUGUUAUUCAAGCAUUCGCUGCCGCAAUGUCCACACUCUUUUGGACCUAG